CUGCGGAAGGAAGGCGGAGGCGGCCGCAGGGAACCGUUGGAGCGGCCCCGGGAGUGGGAGAAGGGCCUGAACAGCGAUCAGAGCGAGCGGCUGAGCCAAGGGGCCGGCGAGAUGGGCGGGGAGCAGGAAGAGGAGCGCUUCGACGGCAUGUUGCUGGCCAUGGCCCAGCAGCACGAGGGCGGCGUGCAGGAGCUUGUCAACACUUUCUUCAGCUUCCUGCGACGAAAAACAGACUUCUUCAUUGGUGGCGAGGAGGGGAUGGCUGAGAAGCUCAUCAAUGAGACAUUCCGCCACCACAACCAGUUGGCCCAGAAGGGGCGUCGAGAGAAGCAGGCGAGGCAGGAAGCUGAGCGGCGAGAAAAGGCUGAGCGAGCGGUGCGACUGGCCCGUGAGGCCCAGCAGGAGGCCUCUGGGCCCCAGAUCAAGGAGCUGACGGACGAGGAGGCCGAAAGGCUCCAGCUGGAGAUUGACCGGAGGAAGGGCGAGGAAAACAAUCAGAAGGGGGACGGACCAGCUCAGCCCUUGAACAGCUCCAACUCAGCGGUGAAACAGGAGGCUGAUGAUGACGAAGAGGAGGAAGAUGAAAAGGACAAAGGGAAACUGAGACCUAACGCAGGCAAUGGAGCUGACCUCCCCCACUACCGGUGGACACAGACCCUGUCUGAGUUGGAUCUGGCCGUGCCCUUCUCUGUGAGCUUCCGACUGAAGGGCAAGGACGUGGUCGUGGACAUUCAGCGGCGGCAUCUGCAGGUGGGGCUGAAGGGGCAGCCCCCACUCAUUGCCGGUGAGCUCUACAAUGAGGUCAAGGUGGAGGAGAGCUCCUGGCUCAUUGAAGAUGGCAAGGUGGUGACAGUGCACCUGGAAAAGGUGGGGCCCUAGCAACUGUCUGUCCCCCUGGUGGCAA